CGGUCGGACAGAGGACCCCGACUGGCGCCGGGAGGCGGGGCCGCCAGGUCGGGCAGGUCCGCUCCGCUCCGCCCUGCGCCCAUAGUUCGCUGUCCUUCGGGGAGCUCGCGUCUUUCUACGGGCCCCGGGGAGCAUCUUGCAGCGGUCUCCUGCACGCUUGCGCGCCCCACGCCCCAGCCCGCCGGUGGGCUCCAGUCCGCUCACUCCUUCCGGCGCCCUCCGGAGAGCUCCCGCCGCCUCGCGCCCUCCUGCCCGGCUCGCGCGCAGCAUGGCGUUCCCCCAGGUCCUCGCGUUCGGGCUCCUGCUCGCUGCGGCGACGGCGGUGGCCGCGGCUCAGAACGAAUGUAUCUGUGAAAACUACAAACUGACCACAAACUGCUCUCUGAACUCACGUGGUUAUUGCCAGUGUACUUCAAUUGGUACACAAAAUACCGUCAUUUGCACAACAUUGGCUACCAAAUGUUUGGUGAUGAAGGCAGAAAUGUCUCAUUCAAAGUCUGGGAGAAGAACGAAACCUGAAGGUGCUAUUCAGAAUAACGACGGGCUCUACGAUCCUGACUGUGACGAGAACGGGCACUUUAAGGCCAAGCAGUGCAAUGGCACCACCACGUGCUGGUGUGUGAAUACUGCUGGGGUCCGCAGAACAGACAAAGACACGGAAAAGACCUGCCCCGAGCGAGUGAGGACCUAUUGGAUCAUCAUUGAACUGAAACACAAAACAAGAGAAAAACCUUACAAUGUUCAGAGUUUGCAGACUGCAUUCAAGGAUGUAAUCGCAACUCGCUAUCAACUGGAUCCAAAAUAUAUUGUAAAUAUUCUGUAUGAAAAUGAUGUUAUCACUAUUGAUCUGGUGCAAAAUUCUUCUCAGAAAACUCAGAAUGAUGUGGACAUAGCUGAUGUGGCUUAUUACUUUGAAAAGGAUGUUAAAGAUGAAUCCUUGUUCCAUUCCAAGAAAAUGGACCUGAGAGUAGAUGGGGAACUAUUGGAUCUGGAUCCUGGUCGAACUAUAAUUUACUAUGUUGAUGAAAAACCACCAGAAUUUUCAAUGCAGGGCCUAAAAGCUGGCGUUAUUGCUGUCAUUGUGGUUGUGACAAUAGCACUUAUUGCUGGAAUCGUUGUUCUGGUUAUUUCCAGAAAGAAAAGAAUGGCAAAGUAUCAGAAGGCUGAGAUAAAGGAGAUGGGUGAGAUGCACAGGGAGCUCAGUGGGUAACUGCGUCAUUUGACUGGUUGCAGGAAGAAAGGAAAAUAAUCGACGGAUUCGAUCACAAAUAUAUGUGCAUGGGACAGACACGUCUUUGAAGACUACUUUGUUAGUUAACAUAUUUGUAAUAGUGAAACCUGUACUCAAAAUAUAAGCAGCUUGAAAUUGACUUUACUGAUAUUAAAGUUUGACAAGUGUCAUAUAUGCAGAUCCGAUAUCCCAGAAUCUGAUGGUCCCAGAACUUGGGUUGCAUAGUUUAAAUUAUUUAUACAUAACAUUGAAGAGUGUGCAUUAAAUAUGCUUCUAUUUGUGACUGAAAGCUGCCUUCCUACUUACAUUUGAGUGUUGUACAUAAAAACCUUUUUUUAUGAACUAUGAAAUAAAACAUUUUAAAACUGAA